AUGGUACGCAGUAGAAUCAUCUUUGACACCGACCCUGGCGUCGACGACACCCUGGCCAUGCUCCUUGCAUUGGCCUCGUCGGCGGACGAAAUCGAGCUCGUCAUGAUUUCCGUGACAUACGGCAACGUCACGCUGCGAAGAUGCCUCAAGAAUGUUGUGGCCAUGUUCCACGUCCUCGACAAAGAGAUGGCAUGGCGCAUGGCCAAUGGCAAGCCGCUCAAGUACGAGUCGCUAAGAACAUACAAGCCCACAGUGGUUAUUGGUGCAGAACACCCUUUGGAGGAAGAAACACUCCGCGAAGAUGGAUUCCACGGCGUGGAUGGCCUCCAUGGCGUUCAUGAGGCAUUUCCCGACCUGGAUCCAGGCAGCACAUGGGAAUCUUUGUUUGACGAGAGUACACCAGCAUCCACAGCUGCCGUCGCAGAAUACUCGCCCUACUUUACACCGUCCAAAGUGCCUGCGCACAAGGCUAUUUUACAGCUUCUGAGAGACGAGCCUGCCGACACCAUCACCAUCUGCGCUGUUGGACCCAUGACGAAUCUUGCCCUCGCCGCGGGUGAGGAUCCAGAAACGCUGCUCCGCGCCAAAGAGAUUUGCGUCAUGGGCGGUGCUGUCGAAGUGCCCGGCAACAUCACGCCGCUGGCCGAGUUUAAUACGUUUGCCGACGCCCUCGCUACAGCGCGAGUCUUUUCGCUCACAUCGAUGGUUCCGUCAUCGACGAUGCCUACGGUACCCCAAACACUGGCCAAGCUCGACGCAUAUCCAGAGCAGCUGUCCCGCAAGCUCAACCUGAGCCUGUUUCCGCUCGAUAUUACAAACCCACACCUUCUGAUGAAAUCUUUCUUCUUUAGUUCCAUCACGGAGCACGUUGAACACGGCAAUCCUCUCGCACUAUGGAUCAAUCACAUCAUUGGCGCCAUCUAUCGCCGCAUGGAGAGAUUCAUUCCCGCAGACAGAGAGGCGGGGUUGCCCCUCCACGAUCCUCUGACUGUCUGGUAUAAUUUAACCAAAGACAAUCCUGCAUGGAAACUGGCACCCAAUGCACCAGAGGAUAUUCGCGUCGAAACAUCGGGACAAUGGACGCACGGCAUGCAUAUCUUAGAUAGACGCGGCCGGAGACGUGCUCCAGGCGCAGACGUUAGUGGUGAUGCGGCAGCGGUGGAUGAGCUUCCAGGCGACGAUAUGGGCUGGUUGAGUGCACGACGUGGCAACAGGAUCAAUCGCUUUGUAGAGAGUCCUGGACAUGACAAGUUUGCGCCAGAGCUGAUGCAACGGUUGUUUGGCUGA